CGAAUACACACAUUACACGACCCCCUCCCUUUCUCUCUCGUCUCUCUAUUCUACUCUUCUACAACAAAUAUGGCCGCUAAAUCGGAUGGUGCAGCCGUCUCCUUACAAAACGAAAUUAAGCCUGUGUGCCAACCAGGACCCGAGCACCGUUCGCCACAGCAUCAUCUCGCCGGGAAGCGGUACUCGGUUCUGGACUGCUGCUGGACACUCUGUGCCCUUUUGGUCUUUUUCUCGGAUGGUGCCUCCGACCUGUGGCUGGCGGCUGACUAUUUCCUGAGGCGGAACUACUGGUGCUUCGCCCCGACGCUAGUUUUUGUGGUGGUCCCAUCCCUGGUAGUUCAAGUGCUCAGUUUCCGAUGGUUCGCCUACGAUUUCUCUGACACCAAUGGAAGCGAUACGGCUGCAGCCGCGGUGGUGGCGGCAUCUGGUGCGGAAAGCCAUUUCAGCACCAAGGGCAGCGAUCAGCAGGGCGCUGGCCGCUCCGCUGCGGCUGAGGCACUGCCUGCCACAGGCACUCGAACCAGGGCACAGAGCUGCUGCAGAGCCUGCGUGUGGCUGUUCCAAAGCCUGGUUCAUAUCUUACAGUUGGCUCAGGUUUGGAGGUACGUCCACGCACUGUACUUGGGCGUGCAAAGCCGCUGGCGUGGGGACCAUGAGCGGCGCCACUACUACUGGCGCCUGAUGUUCGAGAGCGCCGACAUCAGUAUGCUGCGGCUGCUGGAGAUCUUCCUCAAGAGCGCCCCCCAGCUGGUACUGCAGCUCUGCAUCAUGGUACAGGCCAACCAGGUCCUGCCCCUGCAGGGCCUCUCUGCCUCUGCGUCCCUGAUCUCACUGUCCUGGAUGAUGGCCUCCUACCAGAAGGCCCUGCGCGACUCCCGCGACGACAAGCUGCCCAUGAGCUACAAGGCAGCGGUGGUGCAGAUGCUGUGGCACCUCUUCACGGUGGGCGCGCGCACCAUCGCCUUCGCCCUGUUCGCCUCCAUCUUCCAGCUCUACUUCGGCAUCUUCAUCGUGGCACACUGGUGCGCCAUGACCUUCUGGAUCAUCCAGGGCGAGACCGACUUCUGCAUGUCCAAGUGGGAGGAGAUCAUCUACAACAUGAUGGUGGGCAUCAUCUACGUGUUCUGCUGGUUCAGCGUGCGCGAGGGUCCCACACGCUGCCGCCUGGUGCUCUACAGCCUCAUCGUGCUGGCCGAGAAUGUGACGCUGACCGCCGCCUGGUUCCUGUACCGCGGCUCGCGCACCUCGGACUUCUACGCCGUGGUGGUGGUGUGCGUGGUGGCCUGCAGCUACGCGCUGGGAACCUUCUUCAUGUUCGUCUACUACUGCCUGCUGCACCCAGACGGGGCCGUGACAGGAGGCGUGCUCGGCUGCUGCAUGGUGGAGGACGCGUCGGUGGCACCCAUGGAGCCAAUCGUGGUGGCGUCGCCGGCCUCCGGGCCACCGCCGGACCUGGUGAGCAGCCCGCCCAGGACCCUGCAGAGGACUAAAGGUGGGGAUCAGGGCCAUGGCGGAGGGGAGGGCGGUGGGGGGGACGUCUUUCAGGUGCGGCCGGCACCGGGCGCAACCCGCACCCCGGCCCCGCGCCUCACGCCCAGGACAGAGGGGCCGGUGAUCCGCAUCGACCUACCCAGAAAACGGUACCCGGCCUGGGACGCCCACUUCAUCGACCGCAGGCUGCGCAAGACCAUCCUGGUGCUGGAGAGUGCCGCGCCGGUCACACCCCGGAUCCAGUACCGCUGCCUGGGCACGCCCAAGGAACUGAUGGAGUACGAGACAACAGUGUGACUAACAGACGGGCUUCUCUAUUGCCCUCCGAGCCUCCUGCCGGCCCUUGCUGUGGCUUGUAGCCGCCGCAUCAAACCAGGGCUUAGGGCCUCCGACCCUGUAGGAGAUAGGAGGAAAAGUAAAAGGGAGUGUUAUAUAGAUCGAGGAUAGCCGCUUGGCUAAUGCUAAAACACACACAGGGUGGUGCUGACACUUACUGACAGUAGCGUCUAAGAGUGUCCUGAUGUCGUGUUCUGUUUUGAUGCACCACUGUAUAGUUGGGUACCUAUGAAUAAUACUGACAUCUAUGGGCAAGGUCAAAGGUCAAAGAUGAUCAGUUGUUAAACCUUGGUAAUCUGCUUCUGUCACCCCAAUUGGAAUUUUCAGUGAAGGGGUGUUAAUAAAUAAGAUCAGAGUUAAAUCUUACAUGAUGGUGUUAAAAAAGCCAUUGUAGAGAAAAAAAUGGAUGUUUAACACUAGUCUUCUGGCAGCUAGUGUCAACAGCCAUAUACCAGAAAUAUGCUCUCUGAUAAGCCUCAGUCUACGACUUCAAGUUAUCAGUCAUAUAAUUUCAUAUGUGGAAGCACAGGACUAUCAAAUAAGGCCUUAUGAAGUCCUUAUAUAGGGCGACUCUUGCGAUGUGUCGAUGGAGAAACAAAGCACACAUGACGAUGAAGGUAGACGCCAAAACAUCAGAGUGGAGUUUGGGCAGUCAGACUUGUGAUAUGAAGUGAUGUCAAGCUAUGUUAGCAGUGUUGCUGAAACAAAAUGUUUGGUAGGACAUUUUAAGAUGAACAAAAUAGAUUGAGUUGUAAACUGACCUGUCCUCUGUAGCAAUGCAGAUAUCAGUGUAUGUUUACAUGUUUACAUACAGUUCUUAUUUUGCUUUUUUUAGGAUAAGCCCCAUGCUUCUCCAUAAAGUAUGCCUUCAAGUUUGAACAGUGUAUGCUAUUUCAUAUAGUCCAAAAGAGCUGCGCAAUAAAAGAAACAAAAAAUCAUUUUGCAAAAGUGAAAUUCUGCUACCAUAGUUUUGAGAAGUAGAUGUUAUUACCUAAGAGUGAUGCUGAAAAACUGUUUCAGGAUUUCUUUUUUUUUUUUGGUUUUAUUUCCAGUUUCAUUAUGACUCAUUUGGGUCAUAUGACAUAUUGUAAAAAAUAGUGGCUAUUGUGAAUAAGACUAAUGAUU